AUGAUAGGGGUGUUUGAGGUGGCCCCCAAAGGGAGACCCAUAAGGCAGCAGCCAGCAGCAGCAGCGCUGCACGAAGACGCAGCAGCAGCAGCAGCAGCAGAAACAGCAGCAGCAGAAGCACGCCAGGAACAAGACACGUUGCUCCGCGAUACAGUAGCAGCUGCAGCACCAAAGCGUCCAGCAGCAGCAGCAGCAGCAGCAGCACCAACAGCAGCAGCAGUUACACCCACAGUAGCGGCAGCGCCUGCUGCUGCAGAAGAACCAGCAGCAACAGAAACAGCAACAGCAACAGCAACAGCAACAGCAGCAUCAGGAGCAGCGCAACUGUUUGCACAAGCAGCACCAACACCAGCAGCAGCAGCAGCACAAACAGCAGCAUACAAGCAGCCUCAUCGCCGUGACGGUUUGGGGCCCCUGCAUGCAUCUGCUGCACCUGACAGACAAAUUGAGGGGGCCCCCCGAGGCGCUGCUGCAAUUGCAGCAGCAGAAGACUUUAAAGAGGAAGCAGCGUCUAGGGGCCCCCUAGGGGGCCCCUCUUGGGGGGCCCCCAAAGGUGGGGCCCCCCCCUCUCAAUCAGAGUCCUUUAUAGGGGCCUUCCUCUCUCAGACGUCUUCAGAGGGUCCCCUAGGGGCCCGCCGUGGGGGGCCCCCCAAGGUACCUAGCGGGGGGCCCCCAGGGGCCCCUAGUGGGGGGCCCCCAGGGGGCUCUAGUGGGGGGCCCCCAGGGGGCCCUAGUGGGGGGCCCACAGAGGCCUCUAGUGAGGGCCCCUUAGAGGCCCUUAGUGGGGAUAGCCCAGGGGGCCCUACUAGGGGGCCCUCAGGGGCCCCUGAUGGGAGCUCAUUAGGGGCUCCUGAUGAGGGGCCCCCGGCCUUUGAAGGCCCUGAUGGGGGGCCCCUUGGGGGCCCUGAUGGGGGGCCCCUGGGGGGCCCCCAAGAGGGUGUAUUGGUGUAUGCUCAGAGUUUUGUUUUGGAGGUACCUUUUGCUGCUUUGAGCGCCCCGAGAAAUAUGCGGAGCUCUUCGAUGGUGGCGGUGGCUGUGGGGCCCCCAGUUGUGCUGCAGGUGAAGGAGACAGCAGAUGAAGAGACAGCAGAUGAAGAGACAGCAGAUGAAGAGACAGCAGAAGAGCGGACAGCAGAGAAAGCGACAGGAGAGAGGGAUGCAGAGCCUAUGUGGGUGAGAGCAGCAGAUCUGAUGCUAAGCAAGCAGCAUAUACAAGUUGCUGUCCCCUCAGGUUCUGCUGCUGCUGCUGCUGCGCUGCUGCGAGUAAAAGCAGAAGCACCUGUGAGGCUUACUGUUCGAUUGGAGACAGAUUGGAGACAAACUGCAGCAGCACUCAGAAAAUCCCUCGCACAAAUAGACGCCCAGCAGCAGCAGCAGCAGCAGCAGCAGCAGCAGCAGCAGCAAAAGGAAGAGGCUGAGGACAGGGGCCUCUUAGCGCGCUUGAGAAGAGACACUUGGGGUAUGCCUGCGUCUCCUAUCUCCAGUAUUGGCUACAGACUCGCACCGCUGCAGCAUGAAGAGACACCCCACACACGCAGGCUGCAGCAGCAGCAGCAGCAACAGCAGCAACAGCAGCAGGAGCUGCUGCGGCUAGCCCUCUCUGAGCCGUUGAGUGAAGAGUCCCUUGCAUCUGCUGCUACUGCUGCUGCUGCAGUGCAGCAGCAAGUAGAUGCUGCUAUUGCAGCAGAACUUGCUGCAGCAAUUGGGGCAGAGAGCUCCUCUCGCUCCCGACGGAGACCCACCCCACCGAGACGCGAGCAGCAGCAGCAGCAGCAGCAGCAGCAGCGGCUGCAGCAGCAGCAGAAGCAGCAGCAGAAGCAGCAGCAGAGGCAGCAGCAGAAGCAGCAGCAAAGGGAAGCAGCUCGCAGGCCCUCAAGGACGCUGCAGCAGCUGCCUCCACAGAAAGGAGACACCAAAACUCAGCAGUCUAUACACCCCACGGCCCCACCCCUCAAAGAGAGCUUAUUCGUGUCUCCGCAGCAGCAGCAGCAUCAGAAACAGCAGCAACAACAACAACAGGUGCAGCAGCAGAAGCAGCAACAACAGCAGCAGCAGAAGCUGCAGCAGAAACAGUCGAAGCAGCAAAAGCAGCAGCAGCAACAGCAACAAUCAAAGAACCCAAAACCCAACCAACAGCAGGAGCAGCAACAGCGCCAGCAGCAGCAACAGCAGCAGCAGCAGCAGCAGCAGGUGGCAAUGGUUGACUUUGAGGCCUUUGACGCCAGUGAGGUGUAUCUAAACCGCGUCCUUGUGGGGUGGAGGUGCAGCAAAGAGGAGACAGAAGAGCUGCGGAGACAGGCUAAUAGAAAACCUCUUAAGGGGGGCCCCCCUCUGCCAGCUGCUGCUGAUGUUUCUGCUGCUGUUUCCUUCGCAGACAGCAGCAGCAGCAGCAGCAGCAGCAGGGAUACGAGGGUGCGGAUGAACAGCAAAGAAAGCAGCAGCAGUAGCAGCAGCAAACCGUCUCUCUAUGUCCCUCCGCAGUUGCCGCUAGACCCGGCAGCGUUUGCUGCGAAAGAGAUAGCAGCAACAGGAGGAGCAGCAGCAGCAACAGCAGCAGCAGCAGCAGCAGACAGCAGCUUAAGGGGGGCCCCCAAAAUGCCUCUUGGCAGCCUGCAGUUUGAUGUCCGGGGAUUCAGAGACAAAUACAGAACACGCCGCUACACGGAGACACUUAAACGAAGGAGACUUGCUGCAGACAGCAGCAGCAGCAGCAGCAACAGCAACAGCAACAACAACAACAGCAGCAGCAGCAGCGGGACGUCGGCUAGGAGAUUGCAGGUGCUGGAAGAAGCAGCAAAGGGGGCAGGAGCUCUUAUUAAAGACGUUAGGCGUAUAUACAGCAGACUCAAAUCAACAGGGGGGAGUGCAGCGCAGCAGCUACCAGCUGAUGCUGCUGCAGCUGGUAAACGAGAUGCUGCUGCUGCUGCUGCUGCUUCUGCUGCUGCUGAAGAAGGAGGAAAUACUGCUCCCUCUCGGCGGGCACAGAAGCUCUGGCCCGGAGACACAGCAAAGGAGACAGGAGACACUUCAGCAGCAAAGACAAAUGCAGCAGCAGCAACCCUUUUAUACGAGUCUCUAGAACUGUGCGGCGUAGACCUCCUGACGCUUGACUAUCCCCAGACCAGCAGCAGCAACAGCAGCAGCAGCAGCAGCAACAGCAACAGCAACAGCAGCAGCAGGAUCAUGCAGGAAGACUUGUUAUCACUUCAGCAGUUCUUGCAGCAACUGGUAGACGCCAGCAGCUCCUCUAGAGACAUUCUUUUUGUGUCUCCUGACGCUCCGAUAAGGGCCCAGCGCAAGCCACAGCAGCAGCAGCAGCCGCAGCAGCAGCCUGCAGCAACAGCAGAGGCAGGAAGCGCGGCAGCAGCAACCGCAGCAACCGCAGCAGCCGCAGCGACAGCAGCAACGGCAGCAGCAGCAGCAAGUGCAGCAGGAAGCGCAGCAGCAACGGGGGAAGAAGCCGGCUUGAAGGGGUCUCGCCAGCUGCAGAGGUUAGCUGAUAAUGCGUUUAUUGCUGUGUCUCCCUCGGAGUCUUCUGCGGCAGCAGCAGCAGCAGGAGGUGUAACAGGAGGCGGAGCAGCAGCAGCAGCAGCUUCUCGUCUUGGAGCGCCUAAUGACCCUCUGUUCAAUCUUCAGUGGGCUUUGGGGGCCCCCCCACCUGAGGGGGGCCCCCAUGCUGCUGCUGCAUGCGAAGCAGGAAGUGCAGCAGCACUUCUCGGCGUCUCUUGGAGUUCGCCGUGGCUGCUGCGCAGUGAUUACGCUCGCUCGCAGCUGCUGAAGGUUAGGGAUUUAUGUCAGGGAGUAUCAAGAGACACCAGCAGCAGCAGCAGCAGCAACAGCAGCAGCAGCAGCAGUAGUAGUGAUGGUAGUAGCGGCGGGGGAGGUGGCAGGAGAGGCGGUGGCGGCAGCAGCAGCAAGAGGAGCAGCAGCAGCAGCAGCAGCAGCAGCAGCAGCAGCAGGCAUGUUGAGGAGUUGUCUGCAGAGGAGGGGGGAAAGGAGACAGCAAAUGAAGAGGAGGAGACAGCAGCAGCAACUGCUGCUAACGGAAUUGAUAUGCUGCGUGUCUGGCGGUUAGGGGCCCUCGCAGCAGCAGACGAUGUUGCUGUACCCGUCGCUGUUAUUGAUACUGGUGUUAAUUACCUUCACCCGGAACUGUCUCUUUCUAUGUGGGUAAAUCGCAAAGAACUUCACGGACAGACAGGGGUAGACGACGACGCAAACGGGUUUAUUGAUGAUGUCUUUGGCUGGAACUUCCUAAUGAAUAAUAAUAACCCGAUGGAUGAUAACGGGCACGGGUCGCAUGUAGCAGGGAUAGUGGCAGCUCGUCGAAACAACGCAGAGGGUAUAAGCGGCAUAAGUCAGCACAGCGCGGUGAUGGCGCUAAAGAUUUUAGACGGCGGCGGAGAAGGAGACGUUUCUCAUGCAGUCCCCGCUAUUCAAUACGCCGUUCAAAACGGUGCUAAAAUACUCACCAACUCUUGGGGCGGUGUCACUGGUGCAGCAGCUCAUAUAUUAGGUUUGUUGCUGCAGCAAGCAGUAGCGAGUGCAUCAGACACAGUCUUCAUAACAGCAGCAGGAAAUGAAGGUCAAGAUAUUUCGCUGUCUCCUUAUUACCCUGCAUCAUUUGUAAGAGAUUGGUCUCUAACUGUCUCCGCAUACACCCGAAAGGGGACUGUCCCCUCUUGGGCUAACAUAGGCAAGCAAACAGUACAUCUUACAGCCCCAGGAGAGCUCAUCGCUUCUACCUGGCGCACCCCAGAUGUCUCCAUCAACCCACAACAACAAACCACCAAUGGGGGCCCCCAGGGGGGCCCCCAAGGGGGCCCCCAAGGGGGCCCCCAACAGGGGCCCUCAGGGGGCCCCUCAAGGGGCCCCUUCCCUGAGGGCCCCACGGAGAUCGCUUCAGGAGACACUCAGGGGCCCGCGAUUGACGGGGGGGCCCCUGGGGGCCCUCAAGGAGGGGGGGCCCCUGGGGGCCCCCAAGGGAGGGCCCCUGGGGUGUAUCGUGUGACUAGCGGGACUAGCAUGGCUGCACCUAUGGUGAGCGGUGUAGCAGCAGAAGUUUUGUCGCUGUCUCCUUUAGCAAUACCGCAGCAAGUUGUGGAUGUACUGGUGAGAGGGGGUGAAGGAGACAGGAGACACUUGGGGCUGUCUAUGACUGGGAGACGCCUUAACGCUCUGCAUGCGCUGCUGCUGGGGAGGCUUUUAUUUGCCUUUCCCUCUCAUCAUCAUCUCUAUUUAAAAGGAGACACUGAGGAGACACUUAAAAUAGAAUUUGAUGCUAGCAGAUUGCCCCCAGGUGUAUAUACAGCUAAGCUGCUGCUGGUGUACGCAAGACAAAAACCAGAAGAGACUACUGCAGCUACAGGGGCUACUGCAGCAGCAGCAGCAGCAGCAGCAGCAGCAGCAAAACUGUCUCCUGCGAGGGGACGCCUAGUUGAAAUUGUCUCCGUGCAAAUUCCCCUAACUCUCCAUGUGCUGUAA